CUUCCACUGUAAACACUAUCACCUGACUGGGGUGACUGUACUAUUUGAAGCUGCUCUCGUCCCAAAAUGCAGCUCUACAUUGUCAUACUGGGAGUUCUGAUUGGCUUUGUUCAAGUGGUUGAGCCUCAAUCUGGACACACAGUAAAACAUGUUCACAUGAUCUUCAUGAACCAUCUGGAUGUUGGAUAUGAUGGCCUUCUACCAGAAGAGAUUGGCUUUGUCAACAAUAUUCUCAAUAAGUAUUUCAAUGUGUACUUUCCCCGUGCGAUCAAAGUAGCUACAGAGCUGAUGGGCCUUGGGUACUAUGAGAAGCUCAUCUACACCACCCAUCCCUGGCUGGUCAGUCUGUACAUGGACUGUCCAGCAUACCUUACACUGGCCAACAUACCACUCCAGUGCCCCAACGCAACCAUGAAAGCAAAGUUCACUCAGGCAGUUCAAAAUGGGAUAAUCACCUGGCAUGCUGGUCCAAUGAAUAUGCAGUUUGAAACACUGGAACCUUCAAUUGUCAAGUUUGGCCUUCAGCUCAGUACUGACUUAGACAAAUUCUUCAACAUCACCAGAAAACACCGCACCCUCAGUCAGAGGGAUGUCCCAGGCAUGAGCCAGGCCCUUAUUCCACUGUUUGAAGAGAUGGGUGUUGAGGCUGUCAGUGUGGGAGUCAAUACAGUAACCUCCCCUCCUGCUGUGCCACCCAUAUUCCGAUGGACCUUUAAAAACUCCAGUGUCAUUGGCUUGUGGCAUCCAGGUGGUUAUCCUGAGAAUCCAGGUCCUUUUCCGUUUGCCCCUGGUGGAUUGUCCCGACAUGAUUGUGCAACCUUUCCUGGCUUUGACCAUGCAUUGUGUUUUGGGUUCAGAACAGACAACAGUGGACCACCAAUGGACAUGGCUGAGGUUUUAAGAUUCUAUGAGAUUGCCAGAUCCCAGUUUCCGGGAGCAGAUGUACAAGCAUCUACAUUUGAGGACUUUGUUGCCAGUUUGGAGCCAAUCAAAUCAAAGCUUCCAGUGGUAACUAAGGAACUGGGUGACACUUGGAUACAGGGAUCAGCCUCUGACCCAAGGAAAGUUGCAGAGAUGAGGGCCUUAAUGAGAGCCAGGGCUGCAUGUCUGGAACAUAGCAGUGGUUGUUCUCUAUCUGACGACAGAGUAUACAACUCCAGUCGUUUCCUCCUGAAACUAGGGGAACACACCUGGGGACUGGACAGUGUGUUUGACCGCAUCCAUUGGACAAAUGACCAAUUCUAUAAAAUGCUGGAUAAUGGAACCCAGAGCUUCAUGAAUGGUGUGCUGUCCUGGCAAGAGCAGAGAGACUUCUCCUACAUUGGAGUGGAGGCCCUGGGAGACCAGCCUCUCGCUCGGGACAUGCAGGCAGAGCUGGCACAGAUCACUGCAACCAAACCUGACUUGGGCGACUAUGAUGUGGUCACUUCUAUGCUUGACAUCCAGAGCUGCAGCAACGGGUUCCAGUUCCAGUUUGAUGUUGGAGGAGCCUUGACCAGACUCACCUUGCCUGGAAAUAAUCAGAAGUCCUGGGCCUCCACUACCCAUCCCCUGGGCAAGUUUAUAUACCAGACCCUCAAUCAGUCAGACUUUGACUAUUUCAACCACAAUUAUCCCUAUGGGAAGAAAUUUGACCUCGGCAUUGGCAAAUUCAACAUCUCAAAAAAUGCCAAUGUCUCGAGUCAGCUGUGGGAAGUGAGACUGAUACAGUUAUAUAAGUCUAAACGUAACAGCUGUGAGUACAUGUUACAACUGGAGAUGAAGGACGCCAUCACUCUACAGCAGUACGGUGCACCUGCUGUUAUAUUCCUCAAGUAUGAUGCAGCCAUGUCAAAGACUAACACUGCAGCUGUAAGUGUGGAACUGCAGUGGUUCAAAAAGCCUCCGACAAGAAUGCCCGAAGCUUAUUAUUUAUCUUUUGAGCCUCCUCCUAGACAGGGUCACAAGUGGAUGCUUCAUAAGCUGGGUCAUAUGAUAGACCCUCUUAAUGUGGUGCAGAACGGGAGUCAGAGGCUUCAUGUGGUAAACAAGGGUGUAUAUUACCUAGAUGACCGAUCCUCGGGUAUGGAGGUUCUGUCACGUGAUGUUGGCCUGGUGAAUGUGCUGACCACAGAAGACUAUGUGAGCACACUGCCGCUACCACUAGCUCCCAUCAAUGAUGUCACAGGCAUGGCAUUUAACCUCUACAACAAUAUCUGGGACGUCAACUACAUCUUCUGGUACCCUUAUCAAAUGUCUGACACAGACUCUAAGUUUAGAUUUACUCUGAACUUCCCUCGAUGAUAAUCUGUGGUAUAACGUGUAAGUGUAAAUGAGUAUGUUGUUUUGGUCAGGAUGGUAAGAGGUACAUGCUACAAUCGUGAUAAAAUGUUAGCAUUUCUUUUGAGACUAGUUGUACAGGUGUAGUGAUUGAUAGAUAUAAAACUGAAUUAGGUAACAAAAGAUUGUAUUUUUACAUUUCUCUCACAUAACUGCCAAAACAAUCAUCACCCCAACGUCAUGGUUUCCUGUAAUCAGUACAGCGAGGUAUAACCUCAUUCAGUGUGAAAUCACACCGUUGUCACAUAUGUUUGGGGUAUGGCCUGGAAGAGCAACUAUCCACUUUUUUAGUGAUUGGUUAUGGUUUAUAUUUGUUUAAUUGACUUUAAAGUAAAACCUCUACUCUAUGCAGCUUGUAGGCUUAGGAUUAUACUUCAUCAUUUUCUCCCUCAAAUAUUCUAAAGCAUUACACGUAUAACUUGUUGAAUACCUUUAUUACAUAAAGUGUUGUAUUUUGGUGACGAUGAUUGUUCAUCAACAACACUAGGUAGUAGUACAAUAAAUGUAGCCAGUAAGAUCUGAUAAUAAGGUCAUGCUUUCUCUGGUUAUGGUUUAUCAGGUCAAAAAGAUGACAAAUGCUAGUUAAAAAUUCUGUCAUAAUUUACAUUUGACAUCCCAUUUGUCUCUGAUAAACAAUGUGGCAGGAAGAACAGAACAGUUUACCGAUUUGAAAAACAAUGAGCUGGAAUAAUUUUCACCAUUAUUGGUGUAUAACAAUACUCUUUGCUGUUAGGUUUAUCAAAGGGCUACAACAGAAAUAUACAAAUAUUUGUGUAACAAUUUAAAUGUAUCAAGUUUAUUUUGUUGUCCAGGCUCUCAAUCUGUCGUUAUAAUGGCUGACGAGGCUUGUACAAGAUCUGGACACUGAAUAGUGUGUCAUUGAUUGUUCUCAUAGGAUCUGAUCUCUUUACUUUGUUAUUCAAAACUAUCUACAGCUCUCUGCUACUUUUACUCAAUCUUUGAUAUGUAUUUUUUAUCUCUCUGGUUUUUUAUUUAGAAACUAUUAAUCAUCACGUACAUAAAGAAUCCUCAAAAAAUGAAAGUUGCUUGUUGAAUUUAUCUCAACCUCAUUAGUUAAUUUUCAAAACUUUAACUAGACACUAGGUAAACAAAAGUUUGUUCUGUUAUACAUUUAGAAAUCUCAUUAACGAUCUCGUUAUUUUUUUGGAAUGUUGUAUUUAAGAUUGUUUUGACUUAAUCAUGUAUUUUGUCUAAUAAGGAUAAAGACAACUAUAUAUACAGGACACAUUUGUUGUUAAAUCUAGGUUUCUUUUCUAUGUCCUCCCAUUAUAUCUUAAGAUAGGUUAUCUAAGAACAUCUAAUUUUGAAGUUCUAGUGUUUCAUUAGCCAAAUGUUGCCAAUACUUUUUAUCCAAUUCGUGUUUGUUUUAUCAAACAGUCUGUCCAUCCGUAUCUUAUUUACACUUUGGGUUUAGCGCCAUUUCUCUACAUCUGCAAGUCUCAGAUUCAUCAAAUAUAUCUAAAGGAAUACAACACAUAAAGCUGAUACAUUGCAGCAAGUUUCUGUGACCUCUAUUUUCUGUUUCACUGACAUUGGUCAGACUUUAAUUCAGCUCCAUUUGUGUGCUUAGACUUUUCUUUUAGUUCCAUUCCUCUGAUACUAAAGGUCCCAUAGUCAACAAUCUUUAUAUGCAGGUACUUUUUGCGGAAUGUAAUACACCUUCAUGUGACAUUUCACUCAUAGGAAUAUAUAUACUAAUGUUUAGCUCUAUUUGUAAGCUAGUAUUUGCAUUUAGCUCCAUUUCUUUAAGACUUUACAUUGACCUUUGUUUCCAUAAAAGCAGUAUUGGGUUUAGCUCCAUUUCUAUACAUCUGCAUCAUUAGCCUCGGGCAUAAAUUUCAUAAAUACAUACAUCUUGAAUUAUGUCCAUGACAUAACAAACGUUUAAAGCAACAUAUCUUUUUAUCUUAAAUACAUUUUUGGGGUAGCUAAAUUUCAUGACAUACAAUUUACUUUCUUAUUCAUCAAUAUUUUAUGAUUCUUGCGUAAAUGUUUAUGUUACUGAUAAUGUUGUCUUCAUCAUUGUGUCGCAUACUCUGUAACAAUAUUUUAUAUAUAGAUGAUUUUGUUACUAGUCUAGUCAACAUCAUUAAUUACCACCUGUCUAUAGACUCGUCAACCCAUUUUCAACAGGUUUUCUUUAAUCAACAAGAAAAUCUUGUUGAUUCAAGUUCUGACCUCACCUGCAUGACACUGAGAGAGCUUAUGCCAUGUCGCCUGUGAUUGUUUGUUGACUUAGAUCAGCUAUAUUGUGGUCAAAAUUGUCAAAAAGUAAUAUAGUUAGUAACUUAAAUUUAAAAAAGUUUCACGAAGCUAAAAAAAUGUAUGUGUGUGAUAUUCGAAUAUGUACAAGUUUGCAAUAUAAAAAUGAUGUUGACUCAUCUAUGCUAUAAGCGUAUGUACACUAUAUCUUUAUACGUGUGCGAAAUGACUGAUCGAUUAAUAAAUUGACUGGGCUACAUUUUGUUUAUUAUAGAUCUUCUAGAAUCUAUGAACCCCCUCAUCUCGAUUCAUAUCUUGCCCUCAGCUGUUCAUCGAGAUGACUUCCUUUCUGUGCCAUUCCAAAUAGAUUGCUUUUUUGGCCCAAUACUUCGAUUCGGACAGAAAGACCAUAAGGACAAAAUUCAUAUUUCAUGGUUCAUUUCUAGUCUCGGUAUAUAUGUGAGCGUAUCUAAUAUGCGAAUACAGAGUGCCAAAUUGAUUGAUACAUUCCAAUUAGUGGACGUAAUUAUAUACCGUGUUUGGUAAUAUUAUUGAUUGUUUUUGUUUGGAAACAUCAUAUAUUUGUGAUUGCUGUACAACUGUUGUCUGAUACAAUCCAAACAUAGUUUAUGGGAUGGUUAUAGAUUAAGUGAAAUAACUAUCGACGUUGCAUAAAGGGUGUAUUUUUGAAAGAAAACAUCUUUAAUGAAUAUAUUUAAACAUAUUGCAUGCAAAAUUUAAAUGUGUAUUAUAAUUUCAGAUAUACAUAUUAUAUCGAAGUUCAACUUUCCUUCUUGUAAGAAAAGAAAUGUUCAAACCUAUUCUCAGUAUGUGCAGGACCAUUUUGAAAACUCUAGUAAACUGCUAUGUAAAAUUUGAAAAUGUACUUAUUAUCAGUGGAUAUUUAUCACAAAAGCAUGGCCUUCCCACCAAUAUUACUAUAUGUUUCUACACACGAUCACAUUUUGAAAGAGUUGAAUUACGCAAUAAAUAUACAAAUUUUCUUACAUCGUCUUUGCAUGAAUCAUUAAGUGUACUUAUGUACAGUCUUUUAUGCUAGUUUUUGCAUAUGUAUUAAUUGAUGUAAGGAAUUGAAUCAACUGGCAUUAAAACGAUUUAUACACAA